AUGACCGAUGUUGAGCGCUCACACAAUACCUUCUCUCACUUCAAGCGUCGCGGACUUGUACCUCUAGUUCUACCACCGUCUUCACCUCCAGAUGUUCCUAACCCAGAGAACGUGCAAGGAGACAUAAUCUAUCUUUUCCCGAAGGUCGCAGAGGACUUCAUUUUCUUUAGGAUCAGAGACGUCACACAAUUCAAGAAGGAUUUGGCAUCCUGGGAGCCCACUCACGGCAAACAAGUGUACGAUAACUUAAAGCAGAUAGCAUUCAGCCGAGCGGGGCUGAACGUUCUUGGCCUCACCGACAAAACGGGCGAUGAUCGCUUCGAUGUCUAUUGCAUGCGUGACAACAAGGAGUAUCUUGGCGACGGCAUGCAGUGGGACAGUAUCUUCGAUAAACCCAACUUUGAUCCAGUCAAUGGGACUGCGAAUGUAGACGCUGGUGCUCUCCAUGGUGUCAUCACUAUAGCUGGAAGCGAUCAAUCUGUAUGCAAGGCUGGUACGCAGGAGUCAAUAUUACACUUUCUCUCGUCAAUCGAGUACAUAAAGAACAACAUUCUACAUGGCCGGGCUCGUCCAGGCAAGUUCAAGGGGCACGAGCAUUUUGGUUAUAAGGACGGCAUCUCGCAACCCGCUAUCAGGAACCUCAUCGCACCAUUACCUGGGCAGAUCCAAGUGGAUGCUGGCGUCAUCAUCGCAGGUUACAAAGGCGACCCAGCACUUCGCAAACGGCCGGCAUGGGUGAAGGAUGGGUCAUUUAUGGCUUUCCGAAAGCUAGAACAGCUCGUUCCAGAGUUCAACCAGUAUCUCGCGAAGAAUGGUCCGCGAUGGAAAGAAUUCGUUCCGAAAGUUCAUGCCCAACCGCCCCUUAGUUCGGAUGAAGGUGCUGCGCUUUGGGGAGCCAGGAUGGUCGGCCGAUGGCCUUCGGGCGCACCUCUCGCCAGGGCACCCGUCCGUGACGACCCAAAGAUGGCAACCGAUGAAAAUGAAAACAAUAAUUUCGACUACACCGUUCCUGGUGUGGACGAGCCUACAGACAUGAUCUGUCCUUUCACCGCACACACCCGGAAGACUGCGCCCCGCGAUCUCUAUCCUUACCUGAGCAAGAAGUUCCUGGAGGCUUCAUCAAUUGUUCGAGCUGGUCUUCCAUAUGGCUGCGAGACAUCCUGGAGGUCACCGACUGCGGAGAAAAACUCUAAUCAGUCUGGCGAAACGGAUGACUUGAAGCGUGGUCUUCUUUUCACUUGCUACCAGUCAGGACUUAAAUUCGGGAUUCGUCCGUCAGACGGUUGGGUCAAGAUCCUCUCAUUGGCGGACCUCCCAAACCAAUUCAAAGCUUCCACCACUGUACCGAUGCCCCAAGCGACACCUGGAAAGGCAGUUACGGUUAUUAUUGAAGGUAAUCAAACAGAACUGGAGGUCUCGGGCUUUGCGGUACCUUCUUACAGGGGAGUACAAUCUCCCCCAGGAAUUCCUCAGGAAUUCUUCAUCAACUCUCGGGGAGGAGAGUAUUUUUUUGUUCCAUCCUAUCUCAACGUUGAAAUCUAUUUGCAUGGUUGA